AUUCAGUAAUUUUUUAUUAUUGUUUGGGGGCCAGUCUAGACAUACGUCAAACUGUUAAGCUACUACAUAGUACUUUUAGUGCUUCCGUUGGCUUUUUAAACUAAGUCUAGGGCUACACUUUUUUUUCGUUAUCUUCGCUACACUUAGAUUUGUAUCGUAUUAAAUAUCCGUUCUUGAAUUAAAACGGAAGGUAAAAUGAAGUGCUAAAUAGGAAAAUAUUAUCACCAAUUUCUGUUUAAAUAUUUAACGGCUUAACUCUUUGGCCAAUAUAAAUUACAUUGUUCUUUUACUGGUAUAUUCACAAUACUAUUUGUAAUUGUCUGAAUACUAUACGUUACAUUCUCUAUGGAAAAUGAACUUAGAAAUUUUUACAGUUAAUACUUUUCUAUUUACUAUCAGAUUCUAGCCAAUUGAUUUGAAUUCAGAACAUUUUCUUUUGACCUCGCUACUCAUUAGGCUAAUUAUUGCAUUCAAUUUGUAUGCACACAAUCGAGUUAAGUAAUCUUUAAACUGAAGUCGAUUCACUAGUCUCCAGUUGUAAUUCGCCGGAUUUCGACAUGCUUUACGCGUUGCAGCCUUACCUUAAAUAUUUUGCUGUGCUGGGUAUAGUGCCUUGGACCGAGAGGAGAUUUCAGCAAAUGCUACAAAAGAUUUACACCACUGCCAUAAUUUUAUUUAAUAUUGGAGUGGCCUUUUACAUUGUGGUUUAUUCUCCCCCAGAGGGAGAUCUGUUGGUAUCGUUGCUGGUCAGCUGCAUCGUCUUUAUAUCCCAAAUCGUCACCAUGACCGUAAUUGAACUGCAAGUGAUGUGCCAAUAUGAUAGAUACUACGAAUUUUGUCUUCAGUUAAAGUGCUUAAGGCGACAAUUUCAAUGCGAGCUGCUUCAGCAAGUCCAAAGAUUACCGUGGACUCGGUAUAUUAAGUACUUUCUAUUGGGAGCUCUUAACAUUGCGAGCGUUGUACCUGGCGUUUAUGUGAUUCUACAUUACGAUUAUAUUGGCUACUUUUGGUAUUCACUAUCCGCAGUCAUAAUCAAUCGCUUUCAAUGCCUGCUGCUACUGCUCUACGCCGAGCUUUUGGGUUUCCAUGUGGAGCUAUUAGGAUUGCGUCUAAAAGACGUUCACAAUUGUCGUCAACUAGGAGUGCAUUCAGUGCUGGAUGUAAAGUGCGAACAGAUGUGCUCUCUGGAUUACUUACUCAGUCUUAAGCGAGCCUAUAUGGAGCUGUAUCGUCUAUUUGGGCAGUAUAAUGGUCUAUAUGGUUGGUCGAUUGUGUGCAUAUUUGUGGUCAUGUUUUUGGAUAGCAUGAUCAAUAUUUAUUGGGCCCUGUUAGUUCUGGCCAAGAUCUACAAUUUUGUAUUCAUCUACAUGACCUUUUCAACAUUUGUGCCACUGCUGAUUCUACUCUUCACAUUCUGUCGUUGUGGCGAGUACUGCAAGCGACAGCACAUGCUCAUUGGCAGUCAUGUGCGUGGCUUGGCUUGCAUCUCUCAGCGUCAACUGGAGCCAUCUUCACAGGCUUAUACUGCAGUCUUGGCCGAGUUCGCAAUGCAGGUGGAACAGGAUGCAUUAAUCAUCAGCGCCGAAGGCUUUAUGGAUAUUGACUACAGUCUAUUGAUGUCGAUCUUUACAGCAAUGGUCACCUAUUUGAUUGUUCUUAUGCAAUUCGGCUCGUUGUAGAAUGUCUGACGAGCCUAAGACGCUAAUUGACCGAUAAGCUAUUACAUCGAUAGUUGUUUUUAUU